AUGAAGACCCUGCUCCUGAGCUUCGGCCUGGGCCUCGUUGCUGUCCUGCAGGCUCAGACCCUUCCGACUGUGGUGGAGGAGGAGCAGGAGAUGGUGACAACUCAGGAGAAAACAUGUGUGAGCAGGGAGCAGAGGAAGGCGCGGUGUCCCGAGCCCCAUGGACGGGUGCCCACUCCUCCAGGGCGCAUUGGUCCUGCCACCCCUCCUGGCCUGGGCCAGGCACAGGGUGCUGAACGGAGAGUGGCCCUGUGUCCCAGCCCAGCUGCCGUGGACUGUGGCACCGACCCUGACUUCAACCAGGAAGCCCUGGAGGACUUUGCGAAUGUCACAGGAGCCGGAGGUCUCAACACAGAGAACACUAUCAUUCCCAAGCAAAGAGGUCUCAGGCUGCAGAGCAGCCGGGGCAGCACUGUGUUGAGCCUGUCCUAG